AACAGAAAUUUCGAAAUUCCGAAGUUCAUUGUGUAAAUGCUAUAAUGUCUACAAGCUUAACAAUCAACUUAAAGAGACCCAGCAAAGUAUAUCAUGAAGGGGAAGUGAUCGCAGGCGUGGUGGUGGUGGAGAGCCCGGGUGACACGCGGCACGAGGGCCUCACGCUGGUGGCCGAGGGCGCGGUGAACCUGCAGCUGAGCUCCAAGAAUAUUGGCCUGUUUUCCAACACCUUGAAGCCAAUCAACCUGUUAAACACCUCAGUGGAGUUGGCCCCUCCUGGCAAGAUCCCGGGCGGUGUAACCGAGAUCCCCUUUGAGAUCCCGCUGCGCGCGCGGCAUGCCACGUCCCCAGGGUACCCGGGGCUGCUCGAGACCUACCAUGGGGUGUUUGUCAAUAUUAUGUACACACUCAAGUGUGGGAUGAAGAGGUCUUUCCUGAAUAAGCCAUUGAAUGCGACUUGCCAGUUCUUUGUGCAACAUAGACAUCAAGAGCCACCAGUAGUGAAGCCAGUGCGCUGCGAGAUCACACCAGCCUCCGUCCGAGCCGGCGGCGGCACGCGCGCCCCCAUGCCCGCCUUCACUAUCUACGCCGAGAUAGACUCCACUGUCUGCCCGCUCGACAAGCCUCUCACCGGCAAGAUUCGCGUGGACGAGUGCUCUGUGCCGAUCAAGUCCAUAGAGCUGCAGCUAGUGCGCGUUGAGACCUGCGGCGAUUCUGAAGGGUUUUCGAGGGAUGCAACGGAGAUCCAGAACAUCCAAGUAGGAGAGGGUGACGUAGCGCGAGCGAGGGACAUCCCUCUCUACAUGGUGCUGCCGAGACUCUUCACUGCACCCACAACCGCAACCGUGCACUUCAAAAUCGAAUUUGAAUUGAACAUCGCCGUGAUUUUUGAAGAUGAUUAUUUGGUGACAGAAAAUUUUCCUAUACUGCUUCUGCGAAGUAGAUAGCGGAAGAGAGAGCGACGUGGGGACCAUGAAUAAUUUUCAAGAGCGUUUAUUUACAUACAAUGUAGUAUUUACAUUUUCUAAUAUAAAUGUUAAGUUUUAUCUUUAUUAAUUUAUUUUAAGUUCAUAAUUAUGAGGUAUAACUGGGUCAAGCAAAUCUUGUCAGCAGCAAACGGCGGCAAAUUUGAAAAAUCGCGGGUUAGCAACACUGUGUUCGAAAAUUUCCAAAAUCGCGUGUCAUCUGUGCUUUAUCUGUGGAAUGUGGAUCGCGAAUGACAGCUAUCAUCUUUGUUUACAUUCUGAAUCGAUUCUAUUUGAAGAGAUAUUUCUGCUGUGUCACCAUUAAAUACCAAUAUAUUAAAUAAGAUUGUGCUUAAUCAAAGCUAAGAUGCCUACAAUGCUUACGGUGGCAACUGAGAAAUCUAAUAAAAUAUUAAAAUCCAGUAGUAGGACAUCUACCUGCUGAAGCAAUGAUUUUAUUGAUACAUUCUUGUUUAACGGCAUAGUCCACUUCUAAUUUUAUUUUGAGAUCUUCAAAUUAGUUUUUAUCAACAUCACACACCGCUUUUAAAUUGUCCGUCCAUACCUAUUAAUAACAAUUUCAAACAUUUUCAAUAGAGAAUCCGCGAGUGACAAUUUGAAUUGACGGGCGCGCUCAGCGGAAAAAAAAGUUUAGGUUCGAUGUACAGACCG